AAAAGAAACAAAAAAAAAAAAACAUAUCCGGCUACCAGAAUAGCCGCCCGCCCCCACGGAAUGCUCGUCGUCUUGGCCAAAACCGGAAAAGCUCGGGGAUUACGUUAUCUUGGCCCCAAGGGGUUGAAUGUACGAGUCCUCCGUACAUCCAUUGCUUUUCUUUUUUCCAGCUCGUGUAGCAUCCAAUCAUGCAUGUCGCGGAGGAAGCGGUAUGCCGAGUCAAGACAUCAUGUCAGGAUCAUUUGUCCUCUGCCGCUCAUGCACCACGACUGCGCUGAGCCCAGCCCUGCUGCACCACUUGGUCCAGCCCGUCGCCCCACCGCGACUAUUUUCGCCCCCAAGUGCGAAUAGUUCGCAUCUCCAUCACGUCAGACGGAAAUCCUGGCAAACAGCCCCCAGUGGCAUGAGGGGGGCACUACAUCCGCCCCAUGGGACAUGCCAGGCGUCCCUGAAACGGACUCUUUUUGGGUCGUCAGCGGCUAUGGGAUUAUCCCACUGAGAAGAGCUGGUCCUGGAUACCUGUUGGCCGCAUAAGCCACGAACAAGGCGCGCACGAUCAAUUGCGAGCGGUGGAAUAAGCAUAAAGCACAGGCAUGUUGAUCUGAACUGAUCCUUCCAAAUAGUCGUUAUACCUUGAAAUAUCAAAUAAUACAAAUGGCC